UCGGGUCAUUACUUGCGAGUCUUCCUUUCUGUUCUGCACUUCGAUCGGUGUGGUUGGCUUGGCACCAUUAGUACAGUCGUCUCUGCUUGUACCGGUUGGUUUAGUCAAGAGAACUUAACAAAACUCAACUAAAAAUUCAAAAUGGGUAAAGAAAAGACUCAUAUUAACAUCGUCGUAAUCGGCCACGUCGAUUCUGGUAAAUCUACCACGACUGGUCAUUUGAUUUACAAAUGCGGUGGUAUCGAUAAGCGUACCAUUGAGAAGUUCGAGAAGGAAGCCCAAGAAAUGGGUAAAGGUUCGUUCAAAUACGCGUGGGUUUUAGAUAAAUUGAAAGCCGAACGUGAACGUGGUAUCACCAUCGACAUUGCUUUGUGGAAAUUCGAAACCAGCAAAUACUAUGUCACCAUCAUCGACGCUCCCGGCCACAGGGAUUUCAUUAAGAACAUGAUCACCGGAACGUCUCAGGCUGAUUGCGCCGUGCUGAUUGUUGCCGCGGGUACCGGUGAAUUCGAAGCUGGUAUUUCGAAGAAUGGUCAAACUCGUGAACACGCUCUUCUCGCUUUCACGUUGGGUGUGAAACAAUUGAUUGUCGGCGUUAACAAGAUGGACUCCACUGAACCCCCAUACUCCGAACCGCGUUUUGAAGAAAUCAAGAAGGAAGUUUCCUCCUACAUCAAGAAGAUUGGUUACAAUCCGGCCGCCGUCGCUUUCGUUCCGAUUUCCGGAUGGCAUGGAGAUAACAUGUUGGAACCAUCCACCAAAAUGCCAUGGUUCAAGGGAUGGGCCAUUGAACGUAAAGAAGGAAAAGCCGACGGUAAAUGUUUAAUUGACGCUUUGGAUGCUAUCUUACCACCAAGUCGUCCGACUGAAAAACCCUUACGUCUUCCAUUACAGGACGUAUACAAAAUUGGCGGUAUUGGAACAGUACCAGUAGGUCGUGUGGAAACUGGUAUUUUGAAACCCGGUAUGGUGGUAGUUUUCGCCCCCGCUAAUAUCACUACUGAAGUAAAAUCCGUUGAAAUGCAUCACGAAGCAUUGCAAGAAGCCGUACCCGGCGACAACGUAGGUUUCAACGUAAAGAACGUUUCCGUUAAGGAAUUGCGUCGUGGUUACGUUGCUGGAGACAGCAAAAAUAACCCACCAAAAGGAGCUGCCGAUUUCACCGCUCAAGUUAUCGUAUUGAACCAUCCUGGACAAAUUUCGAAUGGUUACACCCCGGUAUUGGAUUGUCACACCGCUCACAUCGCGUGCAAAUUCGCUGAAAUCAAGGAAAAAGUCGAUCGUCGUACUGGUAAAACAACGGAAGAAAACCCGAAAUCAAUCAAGUCUGGUGAUGCUGCCAUCGUUACAUUGGUACCAUCAAAACCGAUGUGCGUUGAAUCGUUCCAAGAGUUCCCGCCGCUAGGAAGGUUCGCCGUUCGUGACAUGAGGCAGACCGUCGCUGUUGGUGUCAUUAAGGCCGUUAACUUCAAAGACCCGACCUCUGGAAAAGUCACGAAAGCCGCCGAAAAGGCCCAAAAGAAGAAGUAGCCAGCUGGAUAAAGCUAACUGCUUUCUUGUUUUUACAUAUAUAAUAAUAACUUUCCAUAGGUUUUACAGCUAUUUCAAAUGUUUUAUUUUAUAUGACUUUCUAAGAGUAAAAAGUGUUAUUUUGAGAACAUCUUCAAUAACAAAACUUUAAUAAAAAAAUUCACUUUCUUUUA